AUGAAGGCUACCAAGUUCUUUACCUUGGCCAUAAUUUACUUAGCUAGCAUUACAGUAGCACCCUCACACGCCAGAGCUCCACCACCACAACCCGACUUCUAUGUCGACUCACCCUUGCCAUCACCGGGUUCCGUGGCGUCUUUGGAGACUUGUGCAAGGAAGCUAACCGAGAAGUGUGGUGAUGAGAUCUUGUCAGGUGUGUUUCAGGACACAACAAUCACAAAAGAAUGCUGCAAAGACCUUAAGAAGAUGGGAAAGCUAUGCCAAGAUGAGCUUGUCAAGGCUUUUCUCAGCAUCCCUCUGGUACAGCCAAGUCGUGCCGACGAGUCUCAGAUUUUGUCAAAGAGCACACAAGUUUGGAGCCAGUGUGUCUCGCUUGGGCAUGUUGUUGGAGAAACUGCUGUCUCACCCUCACCAUCUCCAAGCUCUUUCGAAUAAGCUUUGAUUUUGUGCAAACCAUGAUAAUGCUUAAUAAGCCUACUUUUUUUCUCUGCAUUGAGCAGUCUUGCAACCUUUGUGAGCGUACUGAUAUGCACUAUUUUGGAUGUUUUUGAGCGACAUUGUAAUAUCUUUUUCUGAUGGA